AUGUCAGAUAAUUAUUUAGUAAUAGGAGGUGAAGGUUUCGUGGGGAGAUGGAUCGUAGAAAUGCUUCUUAAGCGUGGCGAAAAAAAUGUAUCUGUUUUUGAUAUUUCACAACGAUAUUUUGAUGAAGAGCUUACACAUUAUACUGGUGACCUUAGUAAUUAUAAGGACAUUGAUGAUGCCAUUCGACAAAGCAAUGCUACGAGCGUGAUUCACACAGCAUCUCCGCAUUAUGGCGUAGCCCCUAAAGAAUUAUUCUGGAAGGUUAACGUCGAUGGAACAAAAAAUGUUGUUGAUUCAUGUGUUGCUAAUGGUGUUAAGAAAUUGGUGUAUACUAGUAGUUCGAGUGUAGUUUACGACGGGAUCAACGAAAUUAUUAAUGGGGACGAGACCGCGCCUUAUCCCGAAGUACAUAUGGAUGUCUAUAACGAAACGAAGGCCAAAGGUGAAAGAAUCGUGCUUGAUGCUAACGGAACUAAUGGCCUUCUUACAUGUGCCAUUCGUCCAUGUGCUAUUUUUGGUCCAAAUGACCGACAGCUACUUCCGCCUGCAAUUAAGGUUAUGCAACAGGGUCAAACAAAAUUUCAAAUCGGGGACAAUUCCAAUCUAGUUGACUGGACCUAUGUUGAAAAUGUUGCACACGCACAUUUAUUGGCUUCUGAUAAAUUAUUUGAUGGAAGCCCGGUUGCGGGAGAGGUAUUUAAUAUCACAAAUGGUACGCCGGUACCAUUUUGGGACCUGUUAAGAUUUGUGUGGGCUCAAUUCGGACAUUACCCACCAUACAUCAUUAAGUUUCCAAGAUCAGCAGGUUUUGUCAUUGCAUCGUUAGCUGAAUUAGCAU